UAGGUGAGUGAAUCUUGCCCUACUGUGGGCCACUGCGGCCAUGGAUGGAGACGAGCGCUUGAAGCCCCCUGAUAAGGGGGGUGGUGAGUAUGAAUGUGUGAUGGAGACUGAAGGUUCUCAGGCUUGUGCAACUGCACUACAAACAUCUUCCCGGAAAAGGACUGCUGACAAUGUGAAUGCCGAGCCAUUGUCCAAGCGUACUAUUACUGACCCAGAGAGUGGUCUUGGUUCAGUAUCCAACAUCUACAAACACCCAUCUCUCGACACUAGUAAUCGUAGAUACAAUGUCGAAGAUUCUGGCCCGUUUAUUGUACAUGUGUCCCGCGUUGCUGACUCCCCAAAUUCAGGUGUUAGUUUAAAACCUAUAAGGUUAGGAGCGUUUCUGGUGGAGGGUGGUGUAGAAAGCGUUAAAAAAGAUGGUAUCAGAGCUGUUGGCCGUAAUAGAUUAUCGGUUGAAUUUAACUCCGCUAAGGCAGCUAACGAGUUUUUAGACCACAAAUUAUUGGAUAGACACAGACUUAAAGCGGAGAUACCUUCAUACAAUGUUUCCCGACUGGGUUUGGUUCGUGGCGUCCCAACAGAAUGGACAAUGGAGGAAUUCGUAGGUGCCACAGACUAUAAAGAAGGCUAUGGUAAAAUAGUCAAAGCGCGCAGACUCAAUAGAAAAAUAAAAAAAGACGAUGGGUCAUCUUCUUGGCUGCCCACACAGUCUGUGGUGCUGACAUUUGAGGGCCAAUCCCUCCCCAAAAAAGUCUUUGCAUUUUACACCUCUUUGGUUGUGGAGGUAUACCAACUCCCGACCAUCCAAUGCAGAAAAUGCCUUAGAUUCGGCCAUGUACAGAGUGUUUGCCGAUCAAAUGCCCGUUGUUUCAAGUGUGGACAGUCACAUUCAGGAGACAACUGUGAUAUUUCCCCUGACCGUGUCAGAUGCCUCCUGUGUACAGGGAGACAUCUAGCCACUGACCCAUCCUGCCCUGAAUUCGACAGACAAAAGCGCAUCAAAAAAAUAAUGUCAGAACAGAGUAUCUCGUACAUGGAAGCCUCUGCACAGGAACCGUCUAUAAGACGGGCCUACUCUGACGUUGCUAAAACCCUGUUUGCCCCAUCUCCACCCCAACCUAUACAGAUCCCAUCAUCUCCCUACACAACUCCUAGUUCCACCCCUCAAAAGAUGUCUUACCGCAAAACAGUCCAAAUUCCCCGCCGUGAGAGGACUCCCCUUCCGGAGGGUUAUGACCGUCGUGCUCAUUACGACCUAAUUAGGGAACCGACACCAUCUCUCCCUAAUGGUUGUGGACUAAAUAAAGCUCACACAUUGCCCAAUGAAAACUUACCAGAACUACUGGUAAUGCUCAUCACAAAUAUCAUCGCUAAAUUUAGUGAUGUGUUACCGUACGACGUUGCUCCUUUACUCGUAAGACUCUCUGAAAUUGUAUCAAAUGGCCCCUCCGGGUUCAACCCGAAUCCUACAAUGGAAUGCUAGAAGUAUUGUCCCUAAAAAACCCGACUUAUUUAAUUUGAUUAAUGCUCAUUCUGUAUCUGUUGCGGCCAUCUCGGAGACUUGGUUGAGACCUGGGACUCAUUUUAGAGUCCCGGGGUUUGCCUGUCUGCGGGAUGAUCGUGACGAUGGCAGGGCAGGAUGUGCAUUGUUAAUUAGAAGAACUCUCCCGUUUUCCGUUAUCCCACUCCCUCCUCUUUCCCAAGAAAUCAAUGCUGUAGCAGCUCGCAUAGCCAAUAUUAAUUAUAUUUCUGUCUAUAUCCCCGACCCUAAACUCACUUUAAUCCCUGACCUUUCUACACUCUUGUUUUCAGUCCCUCCUCCACUUAUUGUGUUAGGAGACUUCAACUCGCACCAUAGUUCCUGGGGUUCAUAUUAUACAGAUUCUUUUUCCCCCUGGUUGAUGGAUCUCUUUAAUGACAUUAAUGUCUGUGUCAUAAAUGAUGGCUCUCCUACUCGUCGUGUAUACCCUGGCCAAAACCCUAAAUCUGCUGUCGAUAUUUCUGCUUGCUCUCCAGAACUUUCUUGUCUACUCAACUGGAAUGUGUUAUCCCACUCCUUUGGCAGCGAUCACUUCCCUAUUUUAAUAUCAAAGCCCUCUUCAGUAAUCCCAAUCCCUGCUCCUGAUCCUCUCCUGAAACAUAAAAUACAACAGGCUGAUUGGGAAAAAUUUUCUUUACAUGUUAAAUAUAAUUUAAAUAAUUCUAACCAAAACCCUCCUUCCCAAAAUUACUUACAUUUUCGCGAUACAUUAAUUGAAGCUGCCAACCUAUUCAUCCCCAGGAAAAAACCUUAUCCUUCUAAACUUUCUUCUCCUCCUUGGUGGGAUUCUGAAUGCACUUCCGCAGUAAAAGAAAGAGAACGUGCUGAGGACACCUUUAAUGUGUCUCUGAACCUCGAUGAUUUUCAAAAUCUUCAAAAAAUUUCUGCCCGUACCAAAAGGUUACUUUCCAAAAAGAAGAGGAGAGGAUGGAAGGGAUUUUGUGAGAGUUUAUCCCCCAGAACUCCCCCAUCACUUGUAUGGAGAAAUUUGAAACGGUUCAGAGGUUCGUUGAAGCCUGACUCUCUUCACUCUUAUGAUUCCUCGGUUUGGCUGGAGGACUUCGCAGAUAGCCUAGCCAUCCCUUAUGUCCCUUGUGAUUUCCCUCUUUCUAUUCCCCCUUCUAAUCUAUCUUCCUUUGAUGAAAGGUUUACUUUUGAUGAGCUAAAUACGGCACUCAUGGGCUUGAGAGAUACCUCUCCGGGUGAAGAUGGUAUCCCAUAUAGUUUUAUUACCAAAUUAGAUACUUCUAGUCUCAAUUACCUUUUGGAAAUAAUAAAUGACAUUUUUAUAACGGGAGAAAUACCUGCAGAUUGGAAAUGCCAAAUCAUUAUCCCGGUUUUGAAACCAAAUAAAGACCCAGAGAAAGCUAGCUCAUAUAGGCCGAUUGCUCUUUCAUCAACCUUGGGCAAAAUUGUAGAACAUCUCAUUAAAAAUCGCUUAGAAUGGUUUUUGGAAAGUAAUGGGUCUCUAGCGAAGAGUCAGUUUGGUUUUCGUAAAGGCAAAGGCACUAUGGAUAGUCUGAAUAUUCUUACCACUGAUAUCCGCCUUGCUCUUUCCAAAAAAGAACACCUUGUGGGAUGCUUUCUAGAUGUUUCGGCUGCAUAUGACAGUGUCAAUAUUCCGGUGCUCAGAGCAAAAAUGCUAGAGCUGAGUGUUCCAGUGAGAAUCGUACACUAUAUAUGUAAUCUUCUUAUGGGCAGAAUUAUUAAAAUAAGAAACGGUGGCUUUCUCCUUCCGCCUAGAACUCUAUGGCGAGGCAUUCCGCAGGGGUCGGUAUUGAGCCCUUUGCUAUACAGCAUUUACACCUAUGAUCUUGAACAGGCGGUCCUUCCUUUUUGUAAUAUCCUACAAUACGCAGAUGAUAUUGCCUUAUAUACUUCCGCUAGUUGUAUUGAUACAGCAACAUCCCAUAUAAAUGAAGCGCUGAGUUACUUGAGUGUCUGGUUGGAUGAACAUGGCCUCUCAUUGUCCCCAUCUAAAAGUACAGUUGUUGUGUUCUCCCGCUCAAGGGUCACUCCAUUUGCCAACAUUACAUAUGAAGGACAUACUAUCAGCAACGAACCCUCCGCAAAGUUUCUUGGAGUUUUCCUGGAUUCCAAAAUGACUGGUGUUCCUCACUUAAAUUAUAUAGUCAACAAAUGUGAAAAAGGCAUUAAUGUCCUCCGUGCUCUCUCUGGUGUUUGGUGGGGUUCCCAUCCAUAUAAUCAAAAAUUGCAGUACAAUGCACUUAUUCGCAGCCGCAUGGACUAUGGCUCAUUCAUUUUGGAACCAUGCAAUAAAACAGCCUUAAAAAAAUUUGAUAACAUACAGGCUAAGUGCAUGCGUAUUAUCCUUGGUGCAAUGAAAUCCUCACCAAAAAACGCGUUGCAAGUGGAGUGCUUAGACCCUCCAUUAUCCCUUCGCAGACAAUAUCUGUCUGACAGAUUCAUCUUUAAGGUCAUGUCAUGCUCAUCACAUCCACUUAUUCCUCGUCUGGAGGGUCUAUCUGAAGAGGUCUCAAAUAAUCAAUAUUGGCAUCAUAAGGAAACCCCCAAAAUUAUUAAGAGCUUUAUAAAGGUUAGAGAUCUUUCUGCACCUGUCUAUAGUUGUAAUGGCAAUCCUUUAUUUCAAACUGAUUAUUCUGCAUUAGUAUUUACCCCUAGGGUCAUUUUGAGUUUUGGAGUUGGAAAAGAUGACCCUGCAGCUAACCAAAAUUUUAUUAGACUCCUGUCUGAUUGGCAAGACUGGAUACCAAUUUUCACUGAUGCUUCCAAAGUAUCCCCCAACGGUAACGUUGGAGCUGCCGUUUGGAUUCCAAAAUUCAACGUCACUUUAUGCUUUAAAUGUCCUUCUCAGACAUCCGUUUUCACCGGUGAAGCUAUUGCCCUUUAUGAAGCACUUCUAUUCGCUGACACACAUAAUUUUUCCAAAACUAUUAUUUUUACAGACUGUAGAAGUUGCUUACAAAAAAUUUGUAGUAACCAAUUCAGAAUGAAAAUUAAGCUUCCUAUUAUUUUUAAAAUUAAAGAAGUAUUAUUUAAAUGCAGUCAAAAAGGUCUAGACAUAACCCUUGCUUGGAUCCCUGGUCACUCCGGUAUCACAGGUAAUGAAAUGGUGGAUUCUUGGGCUAAAGAGGCUACAAUAAGCGGAACUGAAAAUUACACUGAAGUGUUCCAUACCGAUUUGCUUUCUCUAGCCAACUCGCAGUUGAGAAAUGACUGGCAGGAUUUAUGGGACUCAUCAAGACUCACUAAAGGACGUUACUAUGGGGAUAUACAACCCUUGAUACCACAGAAACCCUGGUUCUUCCGAUUUCGACAAGGUUGCAAACAAACCACAUCCACUAUAUGUCGCCUUCGUCUGGGUCACGCAUGCACGCCGGUCUUUCUUGCUAAAAUCCGAGUACGUGAUAGCUCUCUCUGUGAGUGCGGUUUGGACGAUGGGACGGUAGAUCAUAUCUUUUUCAACUGUCCUAAAUUAGCAUUCUCACUAUACGACAUUCUUCCUCAAAAUAUACCCCGACCUAUCAACUUUCAGUCUCUUCUCACUUAUUCUCACUCCCCUUUUAUAGUAUAUUUAAUUAAGUAUAUCUCUUUCCACAGACUUAAGUUUUAAAAUGUUAUAGUUUUACCCCUUUUUUUUAUUAUAUAUAGGCAGGUAGUCGAUUAUUUUCUUUCUUCCUACUAAUAUUUUCCUUGUCCCACUAAUAAAAACUUGUAUCUAUAUUUUUGUAUGAUAUUGUAACUGUCUUGUGAUGUCUGUGUCGUCAUUUAAUGUUAUUUGUUCUAGGUUUCCUGGAUCAAACUCCUGUUUCCCCUCGAAUUGCACCGAACAUUUUCCAAAUGUGCUACUUUGAACAAAACGUCGUAGUUGGCCAAAUACGUCUCACACAACAGAGAUGUGAAUGCCAUUAA